CGGGACCUUCCUGUGAGUUCCGCAUUUGUAAUUUUCGGUGUCUCACCGUCUGUUCAACAGAGUCAUAUCGGAAAGAGUCAUAUCGAUUCUAUCUACUUGGCAAUUAUAAAACUGCGGAGUGUCUUUGCCCCAACUUCUGCCUUCCGAGCAACACAAAAGAUAAGCCGAAAUGAAGUCGCUACAGCAAUUGGCGCGCCGUGGAGCGCUGCCUCGAUAUACCGCACCUCGCGCGAUGCCAUUGAACAGAUCUGGUGCGAAUCGGCUAUGGCAGAGAAGCUUUAGCCAGACUCCUGCCGCGGCCUCCCAGCUCGCUGCGCUUGACGCUUCUAAGCUGUCUAUCACCAAGACCACCACCCCUAAGGAGGUGAUCCCUCCCAAAGAGCUUGUCUUUGGAAAGACUUUCACUGACCACAUGCUUUGUAUCGAAUGGACGGCCGAGGAUGGAUGGCACGAGCCUCGAAUCACCCCAUACCAGAACUUCAGCAUGGAUCCGGCUACAUGCGUGUUCCACUAUGCCUUUGAGUGUUUUGAGGGCAUGAAGGCUUACAAGGACAAGAAUGGUCAGGUCCGGUUGUUCCGCCCUGACAAGAACAUGGCACGACUAAACAAGUCCUCCGCACGCAUUGCUCUCCCUAAUUUCGAUGGCGAGGCAUUGAUCAAAAUGAUGGGAGAAAUGGUGAAGCUAGACAGCAGAUUUGUCCCAGAGGGACGAGGAUACUCAUUGUACCUUCGACCAACCAUGAUCGGUACCCAGAAGACCCUGGGCGUCGGACCCCCGGGAUCCGCUCUUCUGUUUGUCAUCGCUAGCCCCGUCGGGCCAUACUAUCCCACCGGCUUCAAGGCCAUCUCCCUGGAAGCCACUGAUUACGCUGUCCGCGCGUGGCCUGGCGGUGUUGGCGACAAGAAGCUGGGUGCCAACUAUGCGCCGUGCGUUGUUCCGCAACUUCAGGCCUCCUCCCGUGGUUUCCAGCAGAAUCUGUGGCUUUUCGGCGAAGAAGAGUACGUGACCGAAUCUGGUACGAUGAAUCUCUUCAUUGCUGUCAAGAACAAGGAAACUGGUCAGAAGGAGCUGGUGACUCCUCCCCUGGAUGGAACUAUUCUUGAAGGAGUUACUCGAGACUCUAUUCUGGGGCUGGCCCGGGAGAGGCUGGUGCCCAAGGGCUGGGCUGUCUCCGAACGUAAGAUGCGCAUGUCGGAGGUUGUGGAGGCCUCAGAGGAGGGAAGACUGCUGGAAGUGUUCGGAGCCGGUACGGCUGCGAUCGUCAGCCCCGUCCGCAAAAUCAGCUACAAGGGUAACCUGGUGGACUGCGGUCUGAAGGAGAACGAGGAAGCCGGCGAGAUUGCCCUAUCGAUGAAGAACUGGAUCGAGGAUAUCCAAUACGGUGACGAGGAGCACCAGUGGAGCUACCGUGUAUAGAGGCUCCCCCCUUUAGGUGUUAAUAAGUGGCGCAGUAUGUCUAGUCUCUCUAUUGAGACACCCUAUCUCUGUUAAUCUAUCUCAAAUUUCCUCUUUUGGUUAGCAGCAGCGAAUCAAUUAAUCUAGAAAGG